CCGGCUCGCACUCCACACCGGCCGCGCGUGCUAAUCGUUAAACGCCACGGCACAUGUACCCGAUUGCCCAGUGGCCAAUACCAUCAUUACUACUAUUACUACGUUUUAGGCAGCGGCUGUCGUCGUCUCGUCAAGCAGUCAGAGUAUACGAGCGCUCAAGCCCGCGGACGCCGCAGUACAGUAAACCGAGCCAGAGGUAAACAAUCGGGCGCGUCAAACCGAUAUUCAAAUAUUACACGGCGUGUAACCCAUAAUCGUCCGACUCCCCCUCUCCCCGACCGACCGUUGACUAAUUGCGAAGAAAAUUUAACACGGUUAUUGUUCGUCGACAAAUAGUAAAGUUUUACAUUUUGUUUGUUUUGUUUUUUUUUUUUAAUUAAGUUAACUUGUGCUCGAACCGCGAUGCAGUUUUUGACCGGCACGUCGCAAACAAGUGCCGGCGGCGGUAUGUUCGGCGGCGCCGAUGGCGCGGAGCUGUACGCGGCCACGGCGUCGGCGCCUGACCAUUACUUUUGUCAGCGAAUGUUGUACGCGAUGCAGUUCGAUUCGGUGGCCGCGGCCGGCGCCGGUAUGUGUUCGCCGCUGUUGCCGUCGUCGUCGUCGCUCUCGUGGUCGUCGCCGCAGCCGCCGUCGUCGUCGUUGACGUUUGCGUCGCCUUUGUCGUCUUCGCCGUCGUCGUCCUCGUCGUCUUCGUCGUCUUUCUCGUCCGCAUCGUCGCCGUCGCCGUCUUCGGUCGGCCGUUUCUUGACAACGGCACCCGCCACCGUCGCAGCCGCGGGCGACGCGAAAAUGAUGGACGCCUGUCCGCCGGCAUCUCCGCCGCAGGCUCUUCACGAUCCUCCUCAUCUUCAUCACCAUCACGGCGUCGUCGAGAACAGGAAACGACCGUUGCCGGACACCAUGGACGGCGGUGCCACCGUGAAGAGAACGCAUUGCUCACCCGUCACAGGAAGUACAGAUGGAAUGUAUCAUAUGAAAAUAUUAAUACCUUGCAUUACUGCCGGCGCUAUAAUUGGAAAAGGUGGCGAAACAAUUGCACAGUUACAAACCGAGACCAACACGAAAAUAAAAAUGUCAAAGACCAACGACUUUUAUCCAGGCACUACCGAAAGAGUGUGCAUAAUAUCCGGGUCUUGCUCCGAACACAUAAUGGCCGCACUGACAUUCAUUAUGGAACGAAUUCGGGAAAAACCAGAAGCGGCAAAUAGGGUCCAAAAUUCUGCGGAUGCGAUUACCGAUCGCGAGAAACAGGUGAAAAUUUUGAUACCAAACUCGACGGCCGGUAUGAUUAUCGGCAAAGCCGGCACGUAUAUCAAACAGUUGAAGGAAGACAGUGGAUGUUUUGUGCAAAUAUCGCAAAAAGCCAAAGACACUACGCUACAGGAACGGUGCAUCACUGUUUCAGGCGAUAUGGACGGCAACAAGAAGGUAUGUCUGUGCAUUCUCAAUAAAAUCAUCGAAGACCCGUUGAGCGGUUCGUGUCCGAAUUUGAGCUACGCCGACGUCAACGGUCCCGUGGCCAAUUUCAAUCCCACGGGAUCUCCUUACGCUCUAACCACGACCAAUUGCUCCAACAACCAAACGAGUUACAGUCUGAACACGACGACGCUGUCGCCGCAGGAAGUCAGCAACGGCAUAUUUUCAAACAAAUUCCUCGACAACGUCAAACCGCUGCUCAGGUCCAGCGGAUAUCCGGAAUCGGCGGUCGGCGAGAUAGCCGUGGCUUUCCUGACACUGGCCAAGCACAGCGUGUUGAGCCCGAGCACGAUAAUUGCACUGAUCAACCAGACGAACGUGCUGCAGGCACCGUCGAUGGCCGCACACCACAACGGCACCGGGCUGCUGAGCGCCGUCACCAACGAUCUGUUCGACCUGGGACUGGCGGGCGGCGCGAUAUCCAUCAACGCCAUCCUGUCGCAGAACGCGGCCAGCCCGUCGUUGGCCAACGCCAACUCGUACGGGUUGGGCGUGGCGGCCGCCGCGGCCGCGGCAGCGGCGCCCAAGCCCAUGGGGCCCACGUCGACGGCCGCCGCCGUGGCCGCCGCGGCCGCGCUGUUCGAGAUGGCCGACGACCAGCAACAGUCCGUCAAGCGUGAGAUGGACGUGCCCGAGUCCAUCGUGGGCGCCAUCAUCGGCCCCGGCGGACGGUCGCUGGUCGAAAUCCAACAGAUGAGCGGCGUCACCAUACACAUAUCCAAGAAGGGCGUGUACGCGCCCGGAACCACCAACCGGAAGGUGACCAUAUGCGGCUCGGCCGGCGGUAUAGCCAUGGCCAACUACCUGAUGCAGCAGAGGAUCGUCGAGGAGGAGACCAAACGGGCCAGGGCUUUCUGAUGACCACGACCGCCGUGCUAUAAUAAUAAUUAUUAAUAACAAGUCAUAAUAACAAACAAGACGUGUACAGCGUUUAAGUAUUACUAUCAGUGUUGGCAACAAUCAGGUUUUUUAAUACUUCAAUUUUUUUGGGCCUAAAUAAAAUCAGCCGUUUUUGCCAACUCUGAUUAUUGUACUCAGCUCGUUUACCGGUUAGGUUGCCUCACUGGUUUUACAUUCAACGGCGUUCCCGGUUCGUAGUUGAUUUUUAAACAUUUAAUUUUCUAAAUAGACUUUUCUCGGUUCUUCCAUUUGUGUAACAAAUAUAUAUUAUUAACUGUAGCACAAGAGACGAGGUUAAAAUAUUAAUGUUGGUAGUCUGUCAUGUUUUUUUUUUUUAUAUAGUAAUCGACCGGGUAAACUAUUGGGAUGAACUGUGGUCAGAGUGCGAUAACGACUGUGAUCGAAGAAUUGAAAAAAAAAUCGUCGCUAAUCACCCAAAGGGUCAUUAAAAACGAACGAAUUACCGUUUUUUUUUCAACCCACAACGGCCAGUCGAUUUUUUUCCUCUAGUUCGGUAAUGGUUUUAGAGUGAAUUGCGUUACUUUUUUAUGAUUUUCCAUCAGGCGAUUGAGAGACCCGUCCGAGAGGGAGAAGAAUCACUAGGUCAUCUUUCUUAUGUGCAACGACAACGUUGUCGGUUAUAUAACAAUAUUAUUAUUAUGCGAUCAUGUUGUCUUUUGGUAAAAAACAUCUAGGCAAAAAAUAAAAAAAUAUCCUCGUCGAGAGAUAAACAGUACCGGCAACGCCACCGGUUUUUCUUAUACGAGGUACCUAAACGUAUUAUUAUUAUAUAAUGAUAAUAUAAUAUAACGUGUGUGUGUUUUCAUAGGCAUAAAUAAUUUCGUCUUGGCCGCAAAAAAACAACGGAUAAAUAGGGUCGUCGUUUUUCUAUAAAAUUGUACAUUAUUGUACACCAACGGUGUAAGUACGGUAGGUUAUUAUUUUGAAGGUUUUCUCCCAUAUUAAUUGGCCAACAAAACGGAUACCCGAAUUAUGUAUAUGUAUAUAAUAAUAUAUACUAUUAUUUUUUGUAUGCAAUAGUAUAUGAUAACUUAGGGUAAUACAUUGUCACCGUGUCCGUCUGCCAGCUUGUCUGGCUGUCUGUCUGGCUUAUGUCUUUUAAUUGAGCUUGAUAAAAAAUUAAAAAUUCUUACAAACAAUUUCGUCCACAACCGCGCAAUACGGAACCCGAGAUAAGUAUACUAAACAAGUCUCCAUAUUUUGUUUUUGCUCGCCCUUACAUAUUAUAAUGAUUCCAUCUACAUAGUUUCCAUUAAAAAAACGUUAUUACUGUUGUUGUUAUUAUUAUUUAUUAUUAUUGUUGUACUUUAUGUGAUAUACAUAUAUAGGUAUAUAUUAUGUACAUUUUUUUCUUUGGUAUUGGUGCUUUUAUAGAAAAACAAAAAAAACCAAUAAAAUCCUUGCAUAAUAAAAAUUAGAAACGGAUGAAUAGAUUUGGUGAUAGAAUUUAAUAUUUCCAACGAAAAAACAUAUUAUUAUUAUUAUUAUUAGUAUUUAAUAAACGCAAUUAAAACAUGACAUAAAUUUUCCUCUGGGCUCGUUAACACAGUAAUAAUAUUACUUAAACUUACUUGCGCUUUGGCGGCGCCCCGUGUAUAAUCUUUUACCUCGUUUCUUCGCAGCAAGUGCGCCGCCCUUUUACCUACAUAGUAUUUCUGGAAACGGUAUAAUUUUUAAAAUAUGUAAUAAUAUAUCGUUUACCUCAUCGAAACGCAAAAAUAUUGACUUUAAAUUCUAUUAUUUUAGGCCAAAACAGAUUUAAAAAAAUUAAAUAAUUAAAUAUUUCACACUACAUUUUCACUGAGUUUCCGUUUCUCUCUCUCUCUAUCUACUUUUUUUUUGUCUAUGGACUGCAGUGUAAUUUUAACCAGAACAUUUCCCGUCAUUUAAGCCAUUGUUUUUUUUAUAUAAUAUGUAUAGUAUAUAAUUUAACCAUACCUAUAAUAUUAGUGUAGCAUUAAGGAAGCCAUAAUGCGAUCUCAGAAUGCAAAAUCGGCCUGUUGUUGUUUUGUUUGAAUCUCUGUGUGUACAUUAAUAACGAAUACUUCCAAUCGUUUUAUUUUUUAACUAUAAAAUAUUUAUAUUAUAACGUUAGGUAAAUGUAAUGUAGGAAUUUAUUUAAUAAAAAAAAACAUAUUUUAUUUAAAUCGUAUUAUAUGUGCACAAUAAAAUACUGGUUGAUGUUUUUUUAUUAUUUUUUUUUUAAGUACCUAUACUUGGUGGACUUUGAAAAGUAGUUUAGUUUGUUUUGUUUCAAUAACUUCAUUAUUUGUGUUUGUGAAAAUCUAGUUUAAAUAAUAUCUCGAUUGUCUAUUUUUUCGUUUUUUUUUUUAGUGUUUGAUAGUUAAUGUAUUGACACAUUAUAUUAUAAUGAUAUAAUGUAUAAUAAAAGCGAUGAUUAUGGGAAGAAAAUUUAUAUUUGCAGAUAGGAAAUAAAAACAUAGGUACACAAUAUUAUACACUAUCAUAGGGAUGUAAUUAACGAACAUAUCAGACGCUUAAAGUAAAUAAAACAACAAAAAACAAAUAAAAACUAAUGUGUUUAAAACAAGCGUAGACGUGUAAAUGUACCGAACGCAUCCAUUUUUAAUAUCAUAGAUCAAACAAUGACUAUAUUUUCUACUGUUAUCAUUUUGUCGCUAAAUUGAUGUGAUUUUUAAAAUUUUUAUUUCAUUAUAUUUAUUUAUUGUAAAACAUUAUCAUUAAAUACUAUAUUAUUAUUAUUAUUGUUAUCAUCGUACACCAUUCCAUACCUACGCAUACCAUAGUCAUUUUCACACGUUUCCAAACAACGACAAUGUGAUAUUAAAAAAAAGUAAUAAUAUGAUUACUUAACGUUAUUAUUAUUAUUAUUAUUAUUAUUAUUAUUGUACUAUUUUAUUUUAUCGAAUCCGUUUAUAACGUUUUGUAUGUACACAACAACGUAUUAUUAUUGUAUAAAAAAAAAUAUUGUGUUUUUAUGUAUGAUAUUAUUAUAUCUUCUAUUUAAAUUGUAAUGUAUAUAUAUAUAUAUAUAUAUAUAUAUAUAUUUAGGGUGAGUAGCUUGACGGGUAACCCCAAACUAUAACCACCACCACCACCACCAUCAAUACACUUAAAUCUAAUAUUGUUUGUGACCCUUGUGAAAUUUUCAAAAACUGUGUUACGAUUAAGCUAUUUUUACUGUAAUUUUUUUUUGUUUUAUUGGGAAAAAUUAUACACAGUUAUGACCAAAAUUAAUAAUGGAAUAAAUUGGUAAGGAAAUAUA